UCAAGUUGCUGUGUCAGUGAAUCUAAAUAAACCGCUCUUUUUUUGUUAAAGAUUUUACUUCUUGUACAAAUACCGGCUAAGCUGAGGUUUUAGCUUAUUUAGUUUAAUUAGUGAGCAGUAUUUUCAACUAAUUACAGUCAUUUGUGCUAUAAUUUAGCUCAAUUACAAGUUUAAUUUGUCCAAUAUAAAGUAUAAAGAGAAAGAGAAUCAUUCAAGUUGCCUUAGUUACCAAUUUUCGGCUAAAGCUGUUAAACUUGUGACUGGAACGUUCAACUCCAGCAUCUCUUCUUUUGUUUUGAUUAUAUUUUCUCAAGUGAAUCACAACUGAUUUCUAUUGUUGUUCAUUUCAAAUUAUCAAUCUCGUUUCUGUAUUAUUGAAUCUAUUUGGAAAGUGUCAAGAUGGACGAUGCCUUGGAAUAUAAUGAUAUUUAUAAAGAAGACCGAGGAGCCAUGAAUAUUGGUCGUAUGAAGAUUGUCAAUCAGAGCAUUAUAUUUAAAAGUCAUAAGACUGGUAAAGUCGAGCAUUUUCCUAAAGGUGAUGUUAGUGAGAUAGAUUGGCAAAGGUUACCUUCCAACUAUAGUUUGCGGGUUGUUCUGAACAACGGAAGCUUGUUCAGAUUCAUGGGUUUUCAAGAAAAUGAUUACGAGAAACUUAAAAAGUCAAUUGAUCAACAUCUCGAUUUAGACCUUAGCCCCAAAGAAUUAUGCCUUAAAGGCUGGAAUUGGGGUACUGCUAACUUCAAAGGAACUGUCUUGUCUUUCGAUAUUGAUGAAAAGUCGGCAUUUGAAAUUCCAUUGAAUUAUGUUUCACACUGUACUUCAACCAAAAACGAAGUCACUCUCGAAUUUCAUCAAAACGAUGCAGCUGCUGUAUCUCUUAUGGAGCUUCGUUUUCAUUUACCUUCUCAAGCUGAUACUAUGGAUGACCGAGUUCAAGCUUUUACCGAUGCAGUAUUAUCUAAGGCUAACAUUAUCCAAGCUACUGGUGAUGCAAUUGUUACCUUCACUGAACUGCAAUGUCUCACUCCUCGUGGUCGUUACGACAUCAAAAUUUUUCCCACUUUCAUUCAAUUGCAUGGUAAAACUUUUGACUACAAAAUUCCUCUCACCACUGUUCUCAGACUCUUCCGCUUACCACACAAAGAUGGUCGACAAAUAUUCUUUGUUUUCAGCUUGGAUCCUCCAAUCAAGCAAGGUCAAACUCGAUAUCACUUUUUGAUCUUACUUUUUAAUAAAGACGAUGAAACAAGUGUUGAACUGAGUAUGACAGAUCGAGAACUAAAGGAAAAGUAUGAAGGUAAACUUGAGAAAGAUAUGAGUGGCCCUACUUAUGAUGUCCUUGGACAGAUAAUGAAAGUUUUAGUUCAAAGAAAAAUAACCAAUCCUGGAAUCACUGGCGUGGGUGCUAAUAACCCAGCUAUUGCUUGUUCUCACCGAGCCGGAGCUGGUCUUCUGUAUCCUCUCGAAAGAGGUUUCAUUUACAUUCAUAAACCUCCUGUUCAUAUCAGAUUCGACGAAAUUGCCUCCAUCAACUUUGCUCGUUCCGGAGGGUCAACUAGAUCUUUCGAUUUUGAAGUUGAAACAAAAUCAGGAGUUGUUCAUACUUUUAGCUCUAUUGAAAAGGAAGAAUAUUCAAAGUUAUAUGACUUUGUUACCAACAAAAAACUUCGUGUUAAAAAUACUGCCACUGAACAAACUAAACAAACUGUUGAAGAUGAUCUUAUUGAUUCAGAUGAAGAAGGAGAACCUGAUGCGUACCUGGCUCGAGUUAAACAUGAAGGAAAAGUGAGAGAAGAAGAAGGCGAUUCAGACGAGUCGGAUGAAUCAUUUAACCCUGAAGCAGAUGGCAGUGGUAGUGAGGGUGAUGUCGCAGAAGAAUUUGAUUCGAAUGCAUCUGAAAGUUCUUCCUCAGAAGGUGACUCAGAUGCCUCGUCUGGUGCCGAAAGACGUAAAAAAGAAAAGAAGGCUGAAAAAGAGAAGAAAAAAGAGAAAGAAAAGGCUAAGAAGGCAAGUAAGAGCAAGUCCAAAGAGAAAAGGACCGAGAAGAAGAGCAAAAAAGAUAAAGAUUCAGAUAGACCAAAGAAACCAAUGACAGCGUACUUCUUGUGGCUUAAUGAGAACCGUGAAAGGCUGAAGAAAGAGCAUCCAGGCCUCAGUUUGACUGAAUUAACCAAGAAAGCUGCUGAAAUUUGGAGAACAAAUGUCGGUGAUAAAUCUAAAUGGGAAAAACAAUCUCAAGAAGCGAAGAAAAAAUAUGAAGUUGACAUGGCUGCGUACAAAGCAAGCGGAGGAGGAAGUGGUGCCGGCGAAUCUUCCAAAUCUAAGAGUAAACCUUCAUCUAAAAGUAAAUCCAGUAAACCAGAUUCUGCUAAAAAGAAAAAUGUUUCACCAGUUAAAAGUGGAUCGUUCAAGUCUAAAGAGUAUAUUAGUGAAGAUGAUUCAAGUUCAGAUGAAGAUCGUAAGCCUAAAAUCAGUAAAAAAGGAGGCUCUCCAUCAGCAAGUGGAAGUGAUGAAGAAAUGAAAAGUCUGUCCAGCGGUUCUGCAUCUGAUUCGGAUUAAGCUUAUGAAAUGUCCUGUGUUUCUUAAUGUUCAUAUUUUUAUAUCAAGAAUUGUUAAACCAACUCUGACUUACAACUUAUUGACUCCCAAGGUAUCAUUAAAUCUGUUGAAAAAUUAAAAAACAAUGAUAACCAUUCAUUACUGAAAA